GAAAGAAGCAAAAAUUAUUUUUUCUCGAGUUCCCUCCUUCUGAAUUUGCCGCCACAUUGAAUGGAGCCACCGAAAAUCCUGCGGCUGAGCGAGUCGGUGGUGAACCGAAUCGCCGCCGGCGAGGUUAUCCAACGCCCUGUCUCCGCCGUGAAGGAGCUGGUUGAGAACAGCCUGGACGCUGCCUCCACCUCCAUCAACCUCCAUAUCAAGGACGGCGGCCUCAAACUCAUCCAAGUCUCCGACGACGGCCACGGAAUCCGAUUCGAGGACCUACCGAUACUGUGCGAGCGUCACACGACAUCCAAGUUAUCUGCGUUUGAGGACUUGCAGUGCAUGAAGUCUAUGGGUUUUAGGGGAGAGGCUCUCGCAAGCAUGACGUAUGUCGGUCAUGUCACUGUUACUACCAUUACUGAAGGCCAAUUGCACGGUUACAGGGUAUCUUAUAGAGAUGGUGUCAUGGAGCAUGAACCGAGGCCAUGUGCUGCUGUGAAAGGAACACAGAUAAUGGUUGAGAAUCUAUUCUAUAACAUGGCUGCAAGGAGAAAAACACUACAAAAUUCUUCUGAUGAUUAUUCAAAGAUAGUAGACUUAGUAAGCCGGUUUGCUAUUCAUCACACUAAUGUCAGUUUCUCUUGCAGAAAGCAUGGAGCUGUUAGAGCAGAUGUUCACACAGUUGCCACUUCUUCAAGGCUUGAUGCCAUCAGAACCGUUUACGGGGUCUCAGUUGCUCAUAAUCUGAUUAAAAUUGAAGCUUCAGACAGUGAUCCAUCUACUUCACUUUUUGAGAUGCAUGGCUACAUGUCCAAUGCGAAUUAUGCUGCCAAGAAAAUCACUAUGGUGCUUUUCAUCAAUGAUAGAUUGGUUGAGUGGUCUGCAUUGAAGAGAGCUAUUGAAAUUGUUUAUGCAGCAACAUUGCCCAAAGCAUCUAAACCCUUUAUAUAUAUUUCAAUUGUUUUACCACCUGAGAAUAUUGACGUCAAUGUGCAUCCAACAAAAAGAGAGGUGAGCCUUUUAAAUCAAGAAGUUAUCAUCGAGAAGAUACAGUCGGUGGUUGAAUCAACACUGAGGGGUUCCAAUGAGGCACGAACAUUUCAAGAACAAACAACUGGGCAGUCUUCAUUGUCUCGUAAUAAUACAAGCAAGGAGGCUGACCUCAGUCUUAUGCCAACGGACUACAGAUCACAGAAAGUGCCAGUACAUAAGUUGGUUAGAACAGAUUCGUUAGAUCGCCCAAGAUCACAGAAAGUGCCGGUUCGUAAGUUGGUUAGAACAGAUUCAUUAGAUCCUGCAGGAAGAUUACAUGCCUACAUGCAAACGCCUGAUGGACAUCUUGAAAGGAGUGCUAUUUUGAGUGCAGUAAGGUCUUCAGUUAGACAAAGAAGGAACCCAAAAGAUUCCACUGAACUCACUAGCGUUCAAGAGCUUCUUGAUGAGAUCAAUAGCAACUGUCACACCGGCAUGAUGGACAUUGUACAGCACUGCACAUAUGUUGGAAUGGCGGAUGAUGUUUUCGCUUUGCUUCAGCAUAAAACUCAUCUCUAUCUUGCAAAUGUUGUAAACUUGAGCAAAGAGCUUAUGUAUCAGCAAGUUUUGAGCCGUUUUGCCCAUUUCAAUGCCAUUCAACUAAGUGAUCCAGUCCCCUUGAAAGACUUGAUUAUAUUGGCCCUGAAGGAAGACGAUUUAGAUUCAGAAUGUAAUGAUGACGAUGACUUAAAAGAUAAGAUUGCAGAAAUGAACACUGAACUGCUGAAACAAAAGGCUGAAAUGCUGGAGGAGUUUUUCGGUAUCCACAUUGACAAACAUGGAAAUGUCUCUAGACUUCCUGUGAUACUUGACCAGUACACUCCUGACAUGGAUCGCAUCCCUGAGUUUGCGCUUUGUUUAGGCAAUGAUGUUGAUUGGGAAGAUGAAAGGAAUUGUAUUCAAGCAGUUUCAGCUGCUCUGGGAAAUUUCUAUGCUAUGCAUCCGCCAAUGUUGCCCAAUCCAUCUGGUGAGGGCUUGGCUUUUUACAAGAAGAGAAAAAUGUCCGAUGGUUGUGCUGAGAAGAAUACUUGUGAUAGUACUGGGAGUGAUGUGAUUGACAAUAAAGUUGAACACGAACUGCUUUCCGAAGCUGAGACUACAUGGGCCCAGCGUGAAUGGUCAAUACAACAUGUACUUUUUCCUUCCAUGAGACUUUUUUUCAAACCACCAGUUUCUAUGGCUAGUAAUGGAACCUUUGUUCAGGUAGCUUCAUUGGAGAAACUGUAUAGAAUUUUUGAAAGAUGCUAGGCAGCCAUAUGGAAUUUAUGAAACUAAUCUCGCGUGUUGUCAGCCUUUUUUGGUUUUGGGAGUAAUUGCGCUCCAUGCUACAUCUUUUUUUGCUCGUGAAUAUCUAUCUAGAUAAUUCAAGUGCCCUGUAGGAUUUCUUGGUCAGUGAUUUUGCGUCAUGGUGUAAGUUGUAAAGUUUUUUUUUUUUUUGGUAAUUUCUUGUAUAGUAUUUUCGAAUGUAUAGGCCUUAUCUCAGUGAUGCAGAUAUUUUUUUAGAAAAAU